AUGUGUGAAGGGAUCAAUUCAUUCAUCAAGAGCUAUGUUCAAUGUAAAAACAGUUUGAUAGAUUUCAUUCAUAAUUUUGAGAGGGCGGUGAAGGAGUACCGACACAACGAGGUAUUUGUUGAUUUUAACACAAUGUAUUCGGAGCCUUUGCCCACAACUCCUCUUGGUUAUAUUGAGCAUGGCUUCUCACAACAUUUGACCAGGAGCAUGUUCAAUGAAGUGAAAACCCAGAUUGAAUAUGUUGGUGGCUUAAAUAUUAUUCAAAGGACUAAGGUCAAUGAUGUGGUGAUGGCGAAGAUGAACAAGGCUUUGUAUGAAAGGCGUGAGUAUGUGGUUUUAUAUGACAAGAAUUCUUCAAAAUUUGUGUGUGAUUGUGGUCACUUUGAUUAUUCUGGAAUCCCUUGUUCUCACAUGAUAUGUGCAAUGAGAAAUGAGAGAGUGGAUGAAGUUCCUGCUAGUCUUAUAUGUAAAAGGUGGUCAAAGACGGCUAAGGUGGACUACAUGAAUCAGAUUAAUGACACUGUUACUGGAAAUGAUGCGAAGAAAUUGGACAUAUAUAAGUUGGCUGAAAGUGUUCAAAAGCAUCGGGCAGAUAGCAGAAACAUCCGCACUGGACCAUUCUUGAUUGGGGAUCCAACUGUGGUGACCACAAAGGGGCGCAAGAAGAAAGGUGGGAAGAAGAGAAGGUUAUGCUCAAGAUGCAGAAUGGCUGGACAUACAAUUCGCACAUGCCCAUAA